AAUGCCAAACGGAGCGCCUCUCCUUCCCCUUCUUCCACUUCUUUCUUCCUCCUACUAGCAAGCAGUCUUAAAUAUUCUCUCACGAACUAAACACCUCUUUCUUGCGAUCCAAACACUCCUCCCAGAAGUAUGAUCCGAUGAACCUCAAUCUCUAAUCUUUCUUUAAGGACGAUGACGAGGUGGACCCAUGGCCUCGUUUUAAAAUCUGGUGUCUCAUUUUCGUUCUUGAUCGCCCAUGGAACCCAAAGGAACCUUUCUUCCGCGGCCAAAGCCUACGGAUCCGCAAGAUGUCAAGGUUAUUCAAUGGGAAGAUUUCGAGCAGGAGCUCGCGCGAUUGUGCAGUCUCUCUUCCGCGCUCAAAGAAGCUGAGAAAAAGAAAAUUGGCCUUCAAGAAAACUUGGAGUCUCUUGUACAGCGGGCUGCCGCAUGGUGGGCAGGUACAAGCAGAGUCGUUGACUCGGUCUAACAAGCUUGAUGAGAUGCACCAGAAAGUGGAGGCUAGAAAAUUGGUGAUGGGAAACAUGUCAAUGCAUUCAAAAGUUGCUGCAGAGGAUGCUAAGAAGCAAGAGGAGAGCCUUAGUGAUGAAGUUCGAUCACUAUUGAUUGCUGGAACAGCUCUUUCUGUGGCUAGUAAGCAAUUGCAGGAAGCUAAUAGGUUACUUGCCGGAGAACGGGGAUAUGUAAAUUUCAAAAACUUGCAGAAGAUGCUAAGAAAGAGGCAACAACAUAUGAUAUCACAAGUUUCAUUUCUUUAUCCUGUGAAGGCCUUGAUUGGACCAGGACGUGAGCUUGAACUUGAACCAUUUCCCAGCAGUAGUAGAUCAGGAAAUUCUACUGGAUCUAAACCUCUUAACCAUGGAGCCUUGACUAUUUCGGGCCUGCAACUUACAAUGCUUCCUUUUACGAAGAUGAGCUUUUUCACUGAUAAGGAGGCGGUUCAGAGGUCUGCAACGGCGCUGGGAUAUGUUGCACAUGCUGUUUCACUUAUCGCUUUCUACUUAGAAGUUCCUUUGCGCUACCCCAUUCGGUUGGGAGGUUCACGUUCAUAUGUUAAAGAUCAUGCACCUUCUGUUGAGCCUAAUUCAUAUGAUUUGUCAUCAAAUCCCUCACUCUCAAAUUUGAAUCCCAUAGAAUUUCCACUCUUUUUAGAAGGUCAAGACACAACAAGAGCAGCAUAUGCUGUGUUCUUGUUAAACAAGGAUUUAGAGCAGCUUUUGAAUUUUGUUGGUGUGAAGAGUUUAGGGCCACGCCAUGUAUUGGCUAAUUUGAAGGAGCUUGUAAGGACUAUCCUGUCUCCAGAAUAUAUAGAUAGAUGAUCUGAUCUUCCUAUCUUUACUGUCCCCGAAGGCUAUAUGGUUGAUUCAGGGUAUGCCUCCCAAACCCAUCAUGCCACCGCUGAGCUGCUUCCCUAAAAUUUACAAUUGAUUGUUACCCUCCACUUACUAUCUGCCAUAUGGAGCCCACUAUGCAAAUAAAUAUAAUUCAUUUGGGGAACUACUUAAUUUUGGUGAUGAUCUUGAAACGAAGAGUAUCCUGUAGAAUACUAGUUCCCAUUUUUUUGGUUCUGUGCCUCGCUUCAUACAUUGUUCUUGUCGUGGUUCUGGUGAACCUUUUAAUUCUUAUAAGAAUAUAAUGCAAUUAGUAAGAAUGACAUUAUUCAUUGAGGGAGCUCAGAAUGGGGAGCAGCUCAUGCACACAGGUGCAUACAUGUUUAAAACUGUUGCUAUCAGUAAAAUUUAUUAAAGUAUCAAGAUUUAAACAAAAA